UCUGUGUGUGUGUGUGUGUGUGUUUGUGUAGUGGAGCUGAACCUGCAGAGUCAGGUGGAGUUGUCCAAAGAGAGAGACGAGCUGAACAGAGCGGUGGAGCAGAUGAAGGUGAUGGAGGACGAGGAGAAAAGACGCCUGCAGCAGGCAGCAGAGACCUACCGCUCCGACCUCCUGUCCCAGGUGAAACAGGGUCAGCGGCUCCAGCUCCAGCAGAGAGCCCAGGAGGAGAGGGAGCACCAGCAGGGUCUGGUCCAGCAGCUGGAGUACCAGCGCAAGAAAGACCACUUCCUGUCCAGACCCGCGUCCCACACCCCCGGCACCGCCGUCCACCCGUUCAGACAGGCAGACAGGUCCAGGUCCGCCCCCAGACCCCCCCCACACCAGGCUCCUUAAGACGUCUAAAUGAAAGCUUUGACGGCCAAUCAGACGGCUUCAUAUAAAACAUUAAAGAGAAGUUAAUGCAGUAAUACUCAUCUGAAGUCCUUUAACUGUGUAGAUCAUAUACAUACAUAUACUUAUACACACUCCUGAUACUUCUUAUUCAUAUUUCUACAGAGAGAGACCAUGCUGGGUUUCUGUUUAAAUUGUGACUGGGUUUCUGUCUCCAGGGACUUCCUGGUUACAUAAAUAAAAUAAACUGACCGUCUCCGUCCAAAACGCCACGGCAACGUCCCGGACGCUACGUCAUUUACACCGUCUGUGUUACAAGAUGCUGCGUCAACCCCAACGACCCGAGAGAUAAACCCAACAACUCAACUACUCCAUCGUUCCAGCUGCUGAAUCAGAACAAAUUCACUUAA